AUGGAAGCUCUGUUUCCUCGUAUCGGCUCUGAGAAAGAGCCUCGAGUAUAUGAUGGCCUCCCGCUUCUCCGCGACGAUGUUGCUGGGCCGAGAAGCUCAUCUCGAAAAGCCCAUCGAGGCCCCAUCUUCGCCAUCAUGAUACUAGCACCCUUGGCGACCGUCGUUGUCUUGUUGGGCUGGAGCACUAAAAGUGGGAUCCUGGCAGGAAGUUCGACCCCUCCAGUGUCAGAUGAUUGCGACCCUGCCGCGUCGGGAUUUCAAUGUCAACCUGAAUUUUCUCACUACUGGGGCCAAUACUCGCCUUACUUUACUGUGCCCUCCGACAUUUCAACAGACAUCCCCAGUGGCUGCGAAGUGACAUUCGUUCAGAUCCUGUCCCGUCACGGGGCCCGAGACCCGACGGCCUCAAAGACCAAGACGUACAACGACACCAUCAAGCAGGUCCAGGCCAAAGUCAAAAGUUUCACCGGUCCAUAUGCCUUCAUUGCCAAUUAUUCGUACACCCUCGGCGCGGACCAGUUGACGACCUUCGGCCAGGAGGAGAUGGUCAACUCGGGCACCAAGUUCUACAAUCGAUAUCGGUCACUUGCAAAAUCCCUCGAACCCUUCGUGCGUUCCUCGAGCGAGAACCGAGUGGUCGAGUCGGCCCUCAAUUGGACCCAGGGCUUCCAUGCAGCCAGACAAGCCGACAAAUCCGCGGCCGUCGAUUCAGGCUUCCCGUACCCGGUCAUCCUGCAGUACGAGGGCGACGGUUUCAACAACACCCUGAACCACGCCAUCUGCGCCGAAUUUGAGAACGGCACCGACAGCGAAAUCGCCGACGACGCCCAAGACGCCUGGGCGAAAAUCUUCGUCCCGCCAAUUCAAGCCCGCCUCAACGCUGGUCUGCCAGGCGCCAACCUCAGCAUUGACCAGACAAUCAACAUGAUGGAUCUCUGCCCUUUCAACACCGUUGCCAACGAUGAUGGUACCAUUUCACCAUUCUGCUCCCUCUUCACCGAAUCUGAAUGGCACAGUUACGCCUACUACCAGACACUCGGCAAGUACUACGGCUUUUCUUACGGUAAUCCUCUGGGCCCGACACAGGGGGUAGGAUUCGUCAACGAGCUCAUUGCACGGCUGACCAACACCUCUGUCCAAGAUCACACGUCCACCAAUCAUACUCUGGACGAAAACCCAGCCACAUUCCCACUUGGACGGAAGCUUUAUGCCGAUUUUAGCCACGACAACGAUAUGACGACCGUCUUCUCGGCAAUGGGUCUUUACAGCGACACGUUACUACUGCCGAACACGACCAUCGUGGAGGCUCGUGCGGCAGCCGGUUACAGCGCAGCGUGGACCGUUCCGUUUGCUGCCAGGGCGUAUAUUGAGAAGAUGCAGUGUCGGGGGCACUCGGAGGAGUUGAUUCGCGUGAUUGUGAAUGAUCGUGUCCAGCCACUCUCCUCUUGCGGGGGCGAUGACCUUGGUCGCUGCACGCUGGGCAAAUUUCUCGGCAGUCUCGGAUUUGCAAAGAUGGGAGGCUUCUGGGAUCAAUGCUUCGGCUAA